GUCUCUAUGUGUGACGCAAGGAAUUAAGUAAACGUACUUUUAGGACCAGAAAAUUUCAGGUGCUUAUUCUGUAGCAAGCAUUGCUGCAAACACUAUUUUUAAGAUUCACUUAGGAAACUGUCAAUCGGUAUACAAAGGUCUCGUGCUCUGCUCAAGCAAUCAUCUUCCCCUGUUGAGAUUUCCAGCGAGCAUACUCAAUCGCCCGUCAUGAGCUUCUUCAUUCAAAACAAGAACGUGGGCAACAAGGCCGACAGUGAGGACUGGAGAAUUCGCGGCUACAACCCUCUUACCGCACCCGAUCUGCUCCAACAUGAAGUCCCCCAGACCGCCAACAGCAAGAGGACCGUCAUCGAGUCCCGCGAGGAGGUAGCUGCCGUCGUGCAAGGCAAGGACCCCAACAACCGACUCCUUGUCAUCAUCGGGCCCUGCUCCAUCCACGACCCCGCCGCCGCCCUCGAGUACUGCGAUCUCCUGCUCAAGGAGAAGGAGAAGUACAAGGAUGAGCUGCUCAUUGUGAUGCGCUCCUACCUCGAGAAGCCCCGGACGACUGUCGGUUGGAAGGGUCUCAUCAACGACCCGGAUAUCGACAACACCUUCAAGAUCAACAAGGGAUUGCGGCUGUCCAGGCAACUCUUUGUCGACUUGACCGACAAGGGCAUGCCGAUCGCCUCCGAGAUGCUCGAUACCAUUUCUCCCCAGUACUUGGCCGACUUGUUGUCGGCUGGUGCUGUUGGAGCAAGAACAACGGAGAGUCAGCUGCACAGAGAGCUUGCCAGUGGCCUGUCUUUCCCGGUGGGCUUCAAGAACGGCACAGACGGCACGCUGGGGGUUGCAAUCGACGCCAUCGGUGCCGUGCGACACCCGCAUCACUUUUUGUCCGUGACCAAGCCUGGUGUGGUCGCCGUUGUCGGCACUCUGGGCAACGAGGACUGCUUUGUGAUUCUGCGUGGUGGUACAAAGGGAACCAACUACGACGCGACGUCCAUUGGUGAGGCCAAGGCAGCUUUGGCAAAGUCUGGCACGCGGGAGAGGCUCAUGGUGGACUGCUCGCACGGCAACUCCAGCAAGAACCACAAGAACCAGCCCAAGGUAGCUGCUGAGUUGGCAGACCAGAUUAGCAAGGGCGAGCAGGCCAUCAUGGGUGUGAUGAUCGAGAGCAAUAUCAACGAGGGCAAUCAGAAGGUACCCCUAGAGGGAAAGUCUGGUCUCAAGCAUGGUGUCAGUAUCACAGAUGCCUGCAUCUCGUGGGAAGAUACCGAGUCCGUGCUGAAGACCCUGGCAGAUGCUGUGAAGCAGAGAAAACAGCUUGCCAAUGGCCAACAGUAGACAUCUCUCGGUUGAUCCGAAUUUAUCGUUAUGUUUUGUUCUAUUUAGCAAAAGUUGCGUGGUUCUCGAUACGGCAUAGUCUCUUUACGAAGUUCGGAUAGCAAGAUGGAGUAUGUGAAAAUGGUAAAGAAAAGUUACAGGUAGAGCCUGGCAGCAAUUAAUGAAUACAAUCCUCUCGCUU